UAUGGAGAACACAGCGACUAGCAUCAUUCCUUCGGUUUUGGAACCAUGGGUCCAAAUUGUCGUUCCACAACCGUGUUACGACAGAUUUUUCAUCGACCUCGAUUUCCUUAAUGUGCUUUGUCUAAAGGUGGUGUUGAGUAAAUCCCUGGGUUUUGCCAUAAUUCUUGGAUCAGUUCUGGUGAAGCUUCCACAGAUUCUAAAGAUAAUCAGUGCUAAGAGUGCAGAGGGAAUCAGCUUUGUGGGGGUCAUCCUGGAACUGGCAGCUAUCUCCUCAACAGCGGCUUAUGGAUUUGCUCACAGCUUUCCUUUUAGUGCAUAUGGGGAAGCCUUGUUCCUGGUCAUUCAGACAGUUCUCAUAGGCUUCCUCGUGCUGUUCUUUGGUGGUCAAGCCUUUCAGGCCUUCCUCUUCCUGGCAGUCUAUGGCGGCAUCAUGGCCUACCUCAUGUCCCCGAUGGCUCCCCUGACACUGCUGGCAUAUCUACAGGCCAGCAAUAUAAUCAUUGUUUUAGCUAGUAAAUUGAUCCAGGCCAGUACAAAUUAUCGUAACAGCAGCACAGGCCAGUUGUCUGCCAUCACGGUUGGACUUUUAUUUUUGGGAUCAGUUGCCCGAAUUUUCACUUCUGCUCAGGAAACUGGGGACCAACUUAUUGUGCUGACGUACAUCGUGGCUACAGCUUGUAACGGUCUUAUCGUUUCUCAGAUGGCAUAUUACUGGAAGUCACCCCCCCAAACAGAAGAAACAGUAAACAGGGGAGAUAACUGUACCGUGGACAAAAUGAUUCCACUUUACACAGAGUAGUCUUUUUUUUUAAUGUGUAUGUAUAUAAUGAAAUAGCUCACUUUUUUAAGAUAGGGGAGUGAUUCACAAACUGCACACAGUGUUAGGUCAUGUAUCUACAGUGUCAAUGUAAUACUCUCAAAACAAAUGCAUGGACGUAACAUUAUGAUUGUACUGUAAAAUGGCCGAUUGUCAGACAUGAGGUAAUGGAUUGUGAUGCACAUAUAAUAGCCACCCGGAAACAAGCAAAAUUAAGGGUAAGCAAGCCUUUUUGUUUUCACUAAAAUCAAACAAAACCCAGUUCCCCUUAUUUCAGAUAAUGCUCAAAAGCUUUUAACAAGAGGGUAUUCAAUACAGCACGGUCACAAACAUUCCCGUCCACCCCUUUGAUAAUUUUCAGUAAGUUGUUGUUGCACACAUUUGAACAUACAUGUUCAUGAACGACCAAAGCAGGGGGGUGUUCUGGCAAAAGUAUUUGUAUCAGCAUAGUUAGCUUGCUUUUCGCGUGCUCUGUCAUGAAUGACUCAUGAUAAACAUACCUCAUCUCUAUGUUCAGUUACUUGGAAAAGUUUCAGUAAGGAAAACCUACAGAUUUUGUAUGUUCUUAACUCUCGGCCUUAUUUACUUACCAACCGUGAGUAAAAGUCAUAGUAUAUGUAUUGGCUGAUUUGACAGUCAUUUUUCCCUCUUCUCUGAAAUAUUGCAGUUCCUCCUUGAUCACUCGAUUUGGUCACUUACAAUCCAAACGGUAAAGAACACUUUUAUCACAAAAUUGCUGCACACUUGAGUAAUUAUUGUAGAUUGAAUGCGUUGUAAAAAAUCAGUGAAGACUUUUUAUCAUUAGUUAAGAUAAAUUCAGUUGAAUUUGAGCACUAAAAAUGAUUUACUACAUGUAUUGAAAUAAUGCAUUUUCUUCCAAUCCCAACUUUUUAUAUUUAUAUGAAAGGCCUUAAGGUGUUUAUUUAAGUAUAUGUAGGAAUAUAUAUACGUGUUUAAAUUAAGAUGUUAUUUUUGUGAUAAUAUAACUCCAGAUCAUCUCCUUGUCAGGUAUUUCUGUGUUUGUGAACAUGUUCAUAUUAAA